AUGCUUCUAUACAAGGACGUCAUUUCAGAGGAUGAAAUGUUUACUGACGCCGUCGCCGUCAUUGAAAAGGAUGACAUUGUCUAUGAAGUGGAUUGUAAGAUGAUCUCAAUCGGUGGCGAUGACAACUUUGACAUUGGUGCAAACGCAUCAGCCGAAGGAGAAGAUGCCGACGCCGGAGCCGACUCGAAUGCAACCACCGUCAACAAUGUAGUAUUUGCAAACCGUCUUGCUACUACCUCAUUCGACAAGAAAUCAUACACUGUCUACAUGAAGGGAUACAUGAAGUCCUUGUCUGAAAAAUUGUCAAAGACAAACCCAGAGCGAGUACCUGAAUUCAAGAGUAAAGCUGCCACCUUCUUUAAAAAAGUAUUAGAGAAUUUCGGUGAUUAUGAAUUCUAUACUGGUGAAACUAUGAACCCUGAUGGUAUGGUGGCCUUGUUGAACUACCGUGAGGAUGGUGUGACUCCAUACCUGACAUUUUGGAAGGAUGGGCUCAAGACUGAAAAACUUUCUACUGUGAUGGGCUACGCUGCUCAUGGACCGCUCUUGCCUGUAAAUCAAGAGACUUACAUCACACUCUUGAUGGAUGAAUCUAUCUCCGGACUGGAUUGCUGGGGUCUCCGUGGCCUUCCAGAGAACAAGCCUCAGGGCCUCAUAAUUACUGCUACGAGUGGCGGGGUAUCUCUCUCUCUCGUACCUACAAGCGAGAUACUCUCUACUCUUGACAACCUAUAA